AGAGAUUUCAUUUAGACGGAAAGAACCUAAUGUAAUGGAUUUAUCUUCAGAGAUGAACAGACAUGGAAAGAAUCCAGUGAGUCACAAGCUAGAAGAUCAGAAGAAGAUUUACACUGACUGGGCCAACCACUAUCUAACCAAAUCGGGCCACAAGCGGCUGAUCCAGGACCUGCAGCAGGACAUUGCAGAUGGGGUGUUGCUCGCUGAGAUCAUCCAGAUCAUUGCAAAUGAAAAGGUUGAAGAUAUCAAUGGAUGUCCUAGGAGUCAAUCUCAGAUGACUGAAAAUGUUGACGUCUGCCUUAGCUUUCUAGCAGCUAGAGGAGUAAAUGUCCAAGGUCUAUCUGCUGAAGAAAUAAGAAAUGGAAACUUAAAAGCCAUUCUAGGGCUGUUUUUCAGUUUAUCCCGCUACAAACAACAGCAGCACCAGCAGCAGCAGCAAUACCACCAGGCCUUGGAACUGCAACAGAGAGUCCAUCAGAGCCCCCCUCAGGCAGAAGCCAGUCAAGCCAAACCCCAAGAGAUGCAGUCCAGUCUGGCAGCCAGAUAUGCAACUCAGUCUAAUCACAGUGGAAUUGCAACCAGUCAGAAAAAGCCUACUAGGCUUCCAGGGCCCUCUAGGGUACCAACCGCCAGCAGCAGCAGCAAGGGCCAAGGAGCUUCCAACUUAAAUAGACGAAGUCAGAGUUUCAACAGCAUUGACAAAACGAAGGCUCCAAACCAUGCAAAUGGCAACGAGAAAGAUUCCCCCAGAACUGCUCCGUCUACCGCAGGCACGAAUGGGGGCUCGCAGCCCCCACCUUCUGCCAUCCCGUCGCCCGGUUCCAGCAAAGCCUGGCGCAGCAAGUCCAUGAGUGCCAAGCACAGUGCCACGGCAACGCUGUUGGCGGUCAAACAACCCAGUCCCGCCACAUCCCCACCCCCCACUGACAGGCUGAAGCCCCCCACACCCUCCGACAAGGUGGCCCCAGCCCAGAAGUCAAUGCUGGAGAAGUUCAGGCUGGUCAACACCCGUUCUGCACUACGCACACCGCAGAGCAGCGGCCUGGGUCCUGACAGCGCCAGAGACGAGGAUACCACAGGGCCGGAGCCUGGAGACCUACUGGAUGGCACCAGUGGGGGAUCAGCCAGCAGUAGCCCCAAAGUGUCCCCGAAGCUGGCAACCCCUAAGGCUGGCAACAAAAGCCUGGGCAGUAAGAAGGGCCUGCUGCAGCCCAAGGACAAGGAGGACAAGCAGCAGCGGGACAAAGGCAAAGCUGGGCCUGACAGGCCAGGCAAGGAUGAGAAGGAGCAGGCACCGGAUUCAGCCCCCAAAAAGGCCUCAAAAAUUGCCAGCCUAAUCCCAAAGGGUAGCAAGGCAGCUGCCAAAAAGGAUGGCUGGACCCCUGCGUCUAGUGGGAUUCCCAAGCUGGGCUCCAAGGUGCCUAACACAAAGCAAACUGUUUCCCCUGGCAGCCCCGCGGGCAGAGAGGCUGAGAAAUUACGGACGCCCAAGGGCAGCCCUUGCCAGCCUUUCCCAAAAACCAUGCCCCCUGAGAAAGCAAACACAGCGGGUACUGCAGUUACCACAGCCGGGCAGGCUGCACUGGAUGAGAGGGAAGCCAGCCAGCUUCCCACAGGCCCAGUUAGCGGGAAUGGAACCGUGCAACUCCCACAGCAACAGCACUGCCACCCCAACACUGCCACCGUGGCCCCCUUCAUCUACAGAGCACAUUCAGAAAACGAAGGCACCCCAUUAACUUCAGCCGAUUCUUGUACCAGUCCUACUAAGAUGGAUUUAUCCUAUAGUAAGACUGCUAAGCAGUGCCUAGAGGAGAUAUCUGGUGAAGAUCCUGAAACAAGACGAAUGAGAACAGUUAAAAACAUCGCAGACUUGAGACAGAAUUUAGAGGAGACCAUGUCGAGCCUUCGUGGGACCCAGAUCAGCCACAGCACCCUGGAGACCACGUUUGACAGCACCGUGACCACCGAAGUGAAUGGGAGGAAUGUGCCCGGCCUGGCGGGCAGGCCCACGCCACUGAGCUGGAGGUUGGGCCAGGCCUGCCCACGCCUACAGGCAGGGGAUGCACCCUCGCUAGGUGUGGGUUAUCCACGCACUGGAGGCAGUCGCUUUAUCCACACUGACCCAUCCCGCUUCAUGUACACAACGCCACUCCGGAGGGCUGCUGUGUCCCGCCUGGGGGCAGUGGCCACCAUGGAGUUGAGUGAUAAGGCCAGCAGUGAGCUGGAUGUGGCUGAGGUGGACGCUGGUGGCUACAUGAGCGAUGGGGACAUCCUUGGAAAGAGCCUGCGGACCGACGACAUCAAUAGUGGGUAUAUGACGGAUGGAGGCCUCAGCCUGUAUACUAGAAGUCUGAAUCGAAUACCAGACACGGCAAGCUCCAGGGAGGCCAUCCAGAGAGGGCUGCAUGACGUGACAGUGGAUGCAGACAGCUGGGACGACAGCAGCUCUGUGAGCAGUGGUCUCAGUGACACCCUCGAUAACAUCAGCACCGAUGACCUCAACACCACGUCCUCCAUCAGCUCCUACUCCAACAUCACCAUCCCCUCCAGGAAGAACACACAGCUGAAGAUGGACUUGGAAAAGCGAUCUGCUCCCGACGAGUUUUGGGACAGCUCAGAGGAGACAAGAAAGGGUGUAGAGGAGGAGGACAGCCAUGGAGAUGGCAGUGGACGAUGGAAGGGCAUCUUGGCGACGUUCCCUGAGGACUCAGACAAGGCCAGCCAGAAAGCAGGGCUCCCUGUUUCCCAGACGGGGUCCUGGAUAAGGGGUGCGUCGGCCCAUGGAGGGGCACCAGCGAGGCAGAAAGCUGGGACUGGAGCACUCAAGACCCCUGCAGGGAAAACGGAUGAUGCCAAAUCCUCAGAGAAAGGGAAGACGCCCCUUAAGGGUUCCUCUCUGCAGAGAUCUCCCUCCGAUGCAGGCAAAAGCAGCGGGGACGAAGGCAAGAAGCCCCCCUCGGGCAUCAGCAGGUCGUCGGCCACAGGCUCCUUCGGGUUCAAGAAGCCCAGUGGAGUGGGGUCGGGCACGGGAAUCACCAGCAGUGGGGCCACCAUCACCAGCGGCUCAGCCACACUGGGGAAGAUCCCCAAAUCUGCUGCCAUCGGCGGAAAGUCCAAUGCUGGGCGCAAAACUAGCCUGGACGGGUCCCAGAACCAGGAGGACGCGGGGCUGCAGGCGACCUCCAAGAGUUCCCUGCAGUACCGCAGCCUGCCGCGCCCUGCCAAGGCCAGCAGUGGGGUCCCAGGCCGUGGCGGCCACCGCUCCAGCUCCAGCAGCAUCGACUCCAAUGUCAGCAGCAAGUCAGCGGGUGCCGCCACUUCCAAACUCAGGGAACCCACCAAGGUGGGGUCUGGCCGCUCCAGUCCCGUCACCGUCAACCAGACAGACAGGGAGAAGGAUAAAGUGGCCGUGUCUGAUUCUGAAAGUGUCUCAUUGUCAGGUUCCCCAAAAUCCAGCCCCACUUCCGCCAGUGCCUGUGGGACGCCAGGGCUCAGGCAGCCGGGGUCCAAGUACCCUGAUAUCGCUUCACCGACUUUUCGGAGGUUGUUUGGGGCCAAGGCAGGUGGCAAAUCUGCCUCUGCUCCUAGUCCUGAGGGUGUGAAAUGCUCCUCAGCCAUGCCCAGCCCUAGUACCACCUUAGCGCGGCAAGGCAGUCUGGAUUCGCCGUCGUCUGGCACGGGCAGCCUGGGCAGCGCUGGCGGGCUGAGUGGCGGCAGCAGCCCUCUCUUCAGUAAACCCACAGACCUAACUGCAGAUGUGCUGAGCCUGAGUCCUUCGCUGGCGUCCAGCCCGGCCUCGGUUCACUCUUUCCCCUCAGGUGGUCUCGUGUGGGCUGCCACCCUGAGCAGUUCCUCUGCUGGCAGCAAGGACAUGCCAAGUUACCAGUCCCUGACUAGCCUCCACACAAGCUCUGAGUCCAUUGACCUCCCCCUCAGCCACCACGGCUCUCUGUCGGGACUGACCUCAGGCCAUUCCGAGGGCCAGAGCCUGCUCAUGAGAACGGGUAGUGUGAGAUCUACUCUCUCAGAAAGCAUGCAGCUUGACAGAAAUACACUGCCCAAAAAGGGACUCAGAUACACCCCAUCAUCUCGACAGGCCAACCAGGAGGAGGGCAAAGAGUGGCUGCGAUCCCAUUCCACUGGCGGGCUGCAGGACACAGGCAGCCAGUCCCCACUGAGUUCUCCAUCUGCAAUGUCAUCCUCUGCCACCGGGACAUACCACUUUUCUAACUUAGUGAGUCCAACCAACCUGUCUCAGUUUAACCUCCCAGGACCCAACAUGAUGCGUUCCAACAGCAUCCCAGCCCAGGACUCUUCCUUUGACCUGUAUGAUGACUCACAGCUCUGUGGCAGUGCCACAUCUCUGGAGGAAAGACCACGUGCCAUCAGCCACUCGGGCUCCUUUAGAGACAGCAUGGAAGAAGUUCAUGGCUCUUCAUUAUCUCUCGUCUCCAGCACAUCUUCUCUUUAUUCCACAGCUGAAGAAAAGGCUCAUUCAGAGCAAAUCCAUAAACUGCGGAGAGAGCUGGUUGCUUCUCAAGAAAAAGUGGCUACCCUCACCUCCCAGCUCUCAGCAAACGCUCAUCUGGUUGCAGCUUUUGAAAAGAGCUUAGGGAAUAUGACAGGCCGGCUGCAGAGCCUCACCAUGACUGCAGAACAGAAGGAGUCUGAACUUAUCGAACUAAGAGAAACCAUUGAGAUGCUGAAGGCUCAGAACUCGGCUGCACAGGCCGCCAUUCAGGGGGCGCUCAAUGGCCCCGACCACCCUCCCAAAGAUCUCCGGAUCCGAAGACAGCACUCUUCGGAAAGCGUGUCAAGUAUCAACAGUGCCACCAGCCAUUCCAGCAUUGGCAGUGGCAAUGAUGCUGACUCUAAGAAAAAGAAGAAGAAAAACUGGGUGAACUCUAGAGGAAGUGAGCUGAGAAGCUCUUUCAAGCAAGCCUUUGGGAAGAAAAAGUCCACCAAGCCUCCUUCCUCCCACUCAGACAUUGAAGAGCUAACAGACUCAUCCCUUCCAGCUUCUCCUAAGUUGCCCCAUAACACCAGUGACUGUGGGUCCACUUCCAUGAAGCCCUCGCAAUCGACCUCCGCGAUCUGUGAAUGCACAGAAGCUGAGGCAGAAAUAAUUCUCCAGCUGAAGAGCGAGCUAAGAGAGAAGGAGUUGAAACUCACCGAUAUCCGUUUGGAAGCUCUCAGCUCUGCUCAUCACUUGGACCAGAUCCGGGAAGCCAUGAACCGGAUGCAGAAUGAGAUCGAGAUCCUGAAAGCAGAAAAUGAUCGGCUGAAGGCAGAGACUGGGAACACAACUAAGCCUACCCGGCCUCCAUCUGAUUCAUCUAGCAGCACAUCCUCCUCCUCCUCACGCCAGUCUUUAGGUCUCUCUCUGAACAACCUGAACAUCACGGAGUCUGUCACCUCAGAUAUUCUACUAGAUGAUGCUGGUGAUUCAGCUGGACAUAAAGAUGGCCGCAGUGUGAAAAUUAUUGUCUCCAUAAGCAAGGGCUAUGGGCAAGCAAAGGAUCAGAAGUCUCAAGCCUAUAUAAUAGGAUCCAUUGGUGUGAGUGGAAAAACCAAGUGGGAUGUUUUAGAUGGUGUCAUUAGACGUCUCUUUAAGGAAUAUGUGUUCCGAAUUGAUACUUCUGCUAGUCUGGGCCUGAGCUCCGAUUGCAUCGCUAGCUACAGUCUAGGAGACUUAAUUAGAUCUCAGAGUCUAGAAGUGCCAGAACUGCUGCCUUGUGGGUACCUUGUAGGUGAUAAUAAUGUCAUCACUGUGCACCUGAAAGGGGUAGAAGAAAACAGUUUGGACAGUUUUGUUUUUGAUACCCUAAUUCCUAAACCAAUUACCCAGAGGUACUUUAACUUGUUGAUGGAGCAUCACAGGAUUAUACUCUCAGGACCAAGUGGUACUGGAAAGACCUAUUUAGCAAACAAACUUGCUGAAUAUGUAAUCACCAAAUCUGGGAGGAAGAAAACAGAGGAUGCCAUCGCAACUUUUAAUGUGGACCAUAAAUCAAGCAAGGAAUUACAACAGUAUCUAGCUAACCUGGCCGAACAGUGCAGUGCUGAUAAUAACAGUGUGGAGCUCCCAGUUGUAAUAAUUCUUGAUAAUCUUCAUCAUGUGGACUCUUUGAGUGAUAUCUUCAAUGGAUUUCUCAACUGUAAAUACAAUAAAUGUCCAUAUAUUAUUGGAACAAUGAAUCAGGGAGUGUCUUCAUCACCAAAUCUAGAGCUGCAUCACAAUUUCAGGUGGGUCCUUUGUGCAAAUCACACAGAGCCCGUAAAAGGCUUUUUAGGCCGAUACCUUCGAAGGAAACUAAUAGAGAUGGAAAUCGAAAGGAGCACACGCAGUAAUGACCUGGUGAAAAUCAUCGAUUGGAUUCCUAAGACAUGGCGGCAUCUCAAUAGGUUUUUGGAAACACACAGUUCUUCUGACGUUACCAUCGGUCCUCGACUUUUUCUUCCUUGCCCUAUGGAUGUGGAAGGUUCAAGAGUGUGGUUCAUGGACCUUUGGAACUAUUCUUUGGUACCAUAUAUCCUGGAGGCAGUGAGAGAAGGCCUUCAGAUGUAUGGGAAGCGUGCACCUUGGGAAGAUCCUUCCAAAUGGGUGCUUGAUACAUACCCGUGGAGCUCAGCGUCUCUGUCUCAGGAGGGCCCAGCGUUGCUUCAGCUGAGACCGGAAGAUGUUGGAUAUGAAGGAUGUACUAAAGAAGCUACAACCUCAAAGCACAUUGCACAGACUGAUACGGACGGAGACCCCCUGAUGAAUAUGCUCAUGAAACUCCAAGAAGCAGCCAAUUACUCGGGGACACAAGGCUGUGAUGCUGAUGGCCCCCACCCACGUGAAGACACUGUGGAUGCAGCUCUGGAGUCUACCUUGUAGUGGGUAAACAGAGCAAAAGCAAAGGCAUCCCCAACAUUGGGAAGAUGUUUCCAGGGAAGGCAUUUUCGCAAAGCCACUGCCAGUCCUCCAUCCCAGGGCCCAUUCCCAGAGUCUGGUUUCCCCCAAGGUGGCACAGCCCAGUCUGCACUACCAGAGGUUCACGUGAAAGUAUAUUUUGAGCUUGAUUUUCUGUCUCACCUUGGGUAGAGCUGUGGUAUGCUCCAUGGAUCCCCGACUCAAUUGGAAAGGUCCCUGUGGAUAGGGGAGCAAAAUCUAUCGCACAUGAAUAGCCAAAUUAGACUUUCCUUUGGUUCUCUCACAAAGUUUACAAGGAAAUCUUGGUUAAUACCCAACUUUUUUUUAUUCCCCCAUGCAUCCUUCUGGUCUCUCCAAUCCCCUGGGUGCCCCCUUUCACCAGGUGCUGCACACAGGGCCAUUUUUGUGGUGUGGUAUGGUGUGGUAUGUUGCUUAUGCCCAUUCCAGAAUGAAGCUGUGAGGCCAGUCCUUUGUAAGCACAAAUUGAAAAUGUGUGACCACUAGAAAGACACGGCAGCACGAUGCCAAACUCAUUCUCUAUUGCCAUUUUCACAGGAUUUGUUCCACCGUCUUACUAGUCUCAGAGUCCCAAGUUUUCUAGAGUUAUUAUUACCACAAUGGUCUUUUCAAACCACCUGCCCAUACACCCUUAACAAGAGUUUUAUACCAAUUAUUUGUCAACACUGACAAAAGGCUUUUUUUUAGGGCUUUAUUUGUUGGAGCCUUUUCAGUGAAAGGAGGAAAAUUUCCUAUGGUGCUGUCUCACUGCCUUAAAACCAAUUUCUACAAUGGUCUAACAGUUGGUUUCGAUUCUGAACCAAUGGUGGAUCUCCACUGUUUUUUUCAUUUCCAAUCAAGUAACUCCAGUUAACAAACACAGUGAUUCAUCUCUCUAUUUUGUGUUGUUGGGAUUUUCUUUCUUUUUCUUUUUUGGGUUUGCUUUUGAGAAAUGAAUAGGAGAAAGAUCAGUAUUUUGAACCUGGUGAAUAAAAGAAUUUACCUAUUUCUCCCCACCCCCCUCCC